AUGGCCUACUCCCACCAUAUUCACUCCAUUUGGACCACCAAGGAAGGAUAUCAGCUGGACCCUGACAUCCAGGCCAUCAAUCGCAAGCGUGGCUAUCCCUCGAGAUCUCCCACCUUUGCAGUGGCAGUGAUGUACUUGGACAACGAGCGUUGGUCGGGUGUACCUUUCAUCAUGAAAGCAGGCAAAGGUCUUGAAGUGCAUCAGACCAUCGUGCGGAUUCAGUUCAAAAAGGCGCCGCCCAACAGCCUGUUCGGCGAGCAGCCGCAGAACGAGCUCGUGAUCCGAAUCCAACCCAAUGAAGCCAUUUACUACAAGAUCUUGGCGAAGAUGCCUGGUCUCACGCAACAGGCUAGAGAUGUUGAGCAGACCGUGCUGGAUUUGGACCUCAAGAAGCGUUUCGAGUUGCGGCGAACCCCAGAGGCCUAUGAGAAGUUGAUCCACGAUGUGAUUCAGGGAGAAAGCCACAACUUCGUGCGGAAAGACGAGCUGGAACAGGCAUGGCGGAUCUUUGAUCCAUUGCUGACGACUCUUGAGGAGGAAGAGAAGCGUGCGCCGGAGACCUAUUCGCUGGGCAGCCGAGGGCCCUUGAAGGCCGACAUGCUGAUCGAUCGCAUGGGCUUCAGGCGCUACACCGUCACCGGUGUUCCGGGCUUCGCGGAGGACGACUUCGAUUGA